CCUUUUUCUCCUCCAGUGUAAUAAGCUUUGGAGGCUUGCCGUUUGGGGGGAAAUUGCGAUUACUCUUGCAGUCCUGUGUGUCCAACAUUUUUUGUGUUAGCAUAUUUCUCACUUGGGGAUGCUGAAGCAGGAAAUAUGCUUCAAAAUCCCUCUUUGAGAAACUUUUGAGAAAUUUGACUUCUCUGUGCGAUCUAGAUGGUUGGCAAUGACAUUUGCAAGCAAUACUAUGAUUAGAUACAUGUUGGACAGGGCUGUCCAAUUCCAAAUAUGGUAUUCAUGUGAUCUUUUGCUUGUUUCACAGCUCUUGUUUGUUCCCUUUGGAAUUAAGCUAAAUGGAUAGAAAGCCCGACAAAGUUAUGAUGGAGCAAUCCAAAAGUUAUAAUCAGUUACAUUACAAUUCCACUGAAUCUAGGAAUGAGGAGGUUGGCACAGCAAAUCAAAUGCGUGUGCAGGAUCCAUCAAGCUCCAUUAAUACUCACAUGAUACCUCCAGAAUUCACUAUGUCAGGGGGAGCCAGACCUGUACUGAAUUACUCUAUUCAAACAGGUGAGGAAUUUGCGCUCGAAUUUAUGCGAGAACGAGUCAAUCCUCGAAGGCACUUAGUUCCAAAUACUGCUGGUGAUUUGAACAGUGCAACUGCUUAUAUGGAUCUGAAAGGCAUUCUGGGCAUUAGUCAUACAGGAUCUGAAAGUGGGUCAGAUAUAUCAAUGCUUAGUACUGUAGAUAAAGGUCGAGUUAAGGAAUUUGAGAGGAAGGACUCAUCACAAAAAAGCAAAGGUUAUUAUAAUUCUGUGCGAUCAGUACCACGUACCACAUCGGGAAAUGGUAGUAGUCGAGGGGUUCAUGGUUAUGCUUCUUCAGGAGCCUCUGAUAGCUCAUCAACAAAGAUGAAGUUUCUCUGCAGUUUUGGUGGUAAAAUCUUACCUCGGCCUAGUGAUGGAAAGCUCAGGUAUGUUGGAGGUGAAACACGUAUUGUUCGGAUAAGCAAGGAUAUUUCUUGGCAGGAGCUUAUGAAGAAAACGUUGUCAAUAUACAACCAACCUCAUACAAUCAAGUAUCAGCUUCCUGGGGAGGAUCUCGAUGCUUUGGUCUCUGUCUCUUGUGAUGAGGACCUGCAGAAUAUGAUCGAGGAAUGUAAUGUAAUAGCUGAUGGAGAAGGAUCACAGAAACUUAGGAUGUUUUUGUUUUCUGCAACUGAUUUUGAUGACCCUCAUUCUAGUCUAGGUAGCAUUGACGGGGAUCCUGAAAUUCAAUAUGUAGUUGCUGUAAAUGGCAUGGAUGCAGGCCUGAAAAGGAACUCAGGUGGGGAUGUUGUAGCAAGCACUUCAACAAAUAACAUGGAUGAGUUACUAAAUCUUGAUUUUAAAGAGGAGACUAGUAGGGUUGCAGCACAGUCAUCUGGGGCUAGCAUUGCUACUUUGGCGGAUAUGCUUGCCCGUCCUGUUACUCAGUUGUGUCAGCCGAUCCCAUCAAGUUCAUCUAGUACUUAUGACACCUGUGUGCGGUCGUAUGAGGUUCAGAUAAUGCCUCAUAGAGAAGCUGAGCAAUACCCAUCCUUUGCUGCCCACCCACCACAUAGCUUUCAUGAUGUGGAUGGUAGGAGUGCCGAUCCCUUGUCUGUGCCAAUGCAAUAUGGUUUCUAUCCCCAUCCUACUAAUCAUGUGCCGUUUGUGGAAAGCUCAGUUCCUAUGCCUAUCCAUGGGCUUCUGACACAGCAAGGAGGCUUGACUGGAGGGAAGCCAUAUGGUGGUUUCAUGGGACAGGAUCCAGAAGUGUCAAUAAAGGAUGCUAAGACGAAAGUUGAUGGUUCAGUUCAGCAGAAAAGGGAAUCUGAACAAAUUCAAUCUUUAGAAAACGAAUCUGUUGUUUCUUCAGAGCCAUGUGAUGCUUCUGUUCCGAGAUUUAUUCAGGCUGAAGAACCAUCAAUUGCUACUUCAGUGCCAGAGAAGGUACCGACAUCGUUGUCUUUGAAAAAUAAUGCAAAGCUGAAGGAUCCUGUACAGAGCCCAGUGCUCCCUGACUCUGGGAAUGCUGCACACACUCUUAAGUCUAACGAAGAUGACCAUUACCACACAUCUGGUGGAGCAUUUACUGCUGGAUAUACUGAAUCUGAGGGUAAUCAACCUGAGUUUGGCUAUCUCGAGCCACCUCUGCUUCCUGAGAGGAAUGAGAGGAUCUUUCGUUCUGAGAGGUUUCCUAUGAGGGAGCAGGCGGAGUUACUUAACCGGUUGUCAAAGUCUGGUGAUUCCUUUGGUUCUCAGUUUUUGAUGUCUCAUGCAUGUUCUGAUUUGGCACAGCAUGAUUCAGUUACAGAAGGCAGUGAUAAAUUACAGGGAGGAGGAAAUGUGACUUCCCAGACAGAGCAGAGAAUACCUUCAGCAAAACCCCUCUAUUCAAAUCCUCCAACAAUUGAAGAUGGGCUGGUGCAAUUUGCGAAGUAUAAAGAGUUAGCUAAUGCGAUCAGUCAAAUGAAACCCAACUUUUCUGAAGAGGGGUUGGACUCCAAGCUUCAUAAAUCUGAAUCAAACCUUGCAUUACUCAGCCCUGUUGAUGAUAAAGAUACUAAGAAUGAGGAUGCAUUCAACCGUGAGACUGAUAAGUGCAGACCCCAAAAAGAACCGUCUGCUAGUGAAAUAGUAGGAUCAGAAUUUCCAUCUACAAGGCAGGAUACUUCUCUGAAGCAUCAAGAAUCUCUGUCCAGUCAUUUGGGAGAGGUAGCUCCUAAGGCUACCAAUAGUAACCAUCCAACGGGGAACAUGUAUCCUUAUCCAUGGACAGGUAACUCAGCUAGACCUGUUUCUCGAGAGGAAUCCUCAGUUGGUGUUUCCAGACCAGAGCGGGGAGAUAUUCUUAUUGAUAUCAAUGAUCGGUUUCCUCGGGAUUUUCUUUCUGAUAUAUUUUCUCAGGCAAGACUCUCAGAGGGUUCCUCUGGUAUUAAUCCAUUACCCAAAGAUGGAGCUGGUUUGAGCAUGAACAUGGAGAACCAUGAACCUCAACAUUGGUCAUACUUUCAAAAAUUGGCACAAGAUGAAUUUGUUAAGAAAGAUGUUUCUCUUAUUGACCAAGACCAUCUUGGCUUUUCAUCCCCUCUUACAAAAGUUGACGAGGGAGGUGCUAGAACUUAUAACUUUUUGCCUCUAAAGAGUGAGGGUGUUGCCUCAGGCCUUAUUGAUUCUCAAAUCAAUUUUGAUGACAAACUUAUGUUAGAAUCAUCUGGUCUUGUUGGAGCUGAUGCCAUCAGUUCUCUUCCUGAUUAUGCUCACACUCAGGUCAAAAGCAGUGAAGGUGUACAGUUUGAUGGUAUGUCCUAUCUAAGAGAGGCCGAGAACCUGAGAACACCAGAUUCAGAUUAUGAGGAUGCGAAGUUAACAAUGGGAAAUAUUUGUGGACCUCUGAUUGACUCCUCUUUCGGAAAUUUUGAUAUUAGUACUUUGCAGAUCAUAAAGAAUGAAGAUCUUGAAGAACUGAGGGAGCUUGGUUCUGGCACAUUUGGGACUGUCUAUCAUGGGAAAUGGAGAGGAACAGAUGUUGCAAUUAAGCGAAUAAAGAAGAGCUGCUUCACAGGUCGAUCAUCUGAACAGGAGAGAUUGACUUUGGAGUUUUGGCGAGAAGCUGAUAUUCUCUCGAAGCUUCACCACCCGAACGUGCUGGCAUUUUAUGGUGUAGUUCAAGAUGGACCAGGGGGAACAUUAGCAACAGUGGCAGAGUACAUGGUCAAUGGUUCUCUUAGGCAUGUUUUACUUCGCAAGGACAGGAAUCUUGAUCGUCGCAAGCGGCUCAUUAUUGCAAUGGAUGCGGCUUUUGGAAUGGAAUAUUUGCAUUCUAAGAAUAUUGUGCAUUUCGACUUGAAAUGCGAUAAUUUGCUUGUAAACCUUAAAGAUCCUGUACGACCCAUUUGCAAGGUAGGUGAUUUUGGCUUGUCAAAGAUUAAGAGGAAUACCUUGGUUUCUGGUGGUGUGAGAGGAACUCUACCAUGGAUGGCUCCAGAGCUAUUGAAUGGUGGUAGUAGUAAAGUUUCUGAGAAGGUUGAUGUAUUCUCAUUUGGUAUUGUCUUGUGGGAGAUUCUCACAGGAGAGGAGCCUUACGCAAAUAUGCACUAUGGUGCAAUCAUAGGAGGUAUUGUGAAUAACACAUUGAGGCCACCUGUGCCAAGCUACUGCGACUCUGAUUGGAGAAGGUUGAUGGAGCAGUGCUGGGCCCCUGAUCCUGUCACUCGUCCAUCAUUCACAGAAAUAGCCAGUCGAUUACGUGUGAUGUCAGCAGCCAGUCAAAGUAAACCGCCAGGUUACCAGGCACAAACUCAGGCAGCCAAGUAAUGGCCUGUAGAUCCUCUCAUCUAUGAUUAUCUUCCAUGAUUUAUUCCGACAUGGUUCUUGCUUGAUUGUAUGCACAGAAUUGAGUGAAGUUAUUAUGUAUCAUAAUAGUGAGGGAGAUUAGUCUCCAGUAGUAAAUAUGAUGUGUGAAAAUUAGUUUGGUAUACCUGUUGUGUGUAGAAGCUGAAAG